UUUCAGGAAGACCGGGUUAGAGCCACUGCCACCUGCUCCUGCCGCCUCUGCUGUCCUCAGCCUCCGCGAGCAUCUUAGCAGCCAGCCCUGGAUUUCCGAGCCGGGAGAUGAGGGUCGGCAAAGCCCAGGGAUGGAGAGGCCUGUGACACCCGGGUGGAAGCUGCAGCUGCAGGGCCCAGGGGCUGCUGGCGAUGAGUGAUGGUGCCACCUGAACGCCGCUGCAACCCGAGCAGGAGCAGUGACCCCAGGAGAACCUAGGCAGGUGCCAGGAUUCAGGAUGCGGGGAUGACGGCUCCGGAGGCCCCGGCCUCCCCCCGACCCGGGCGUUAGGAGCCAUCCCCGGGCUCCACCCGGGAGCCCUGCCGCCCAGGGGCAUGGCCAAACCUUUCUUCCGACUCCAGAAGUUUCUCCGCCGAACACAGUUCCUGCUGUUCUUCCUCACGGCCGCCUACUUGAUGACCGGCAGCCUGCUGCUGCUGCAGCGGGCCCGAGUGGCCCUCCCACAGGGCCCCCGGGCGCCCAGCCCCCUGCAGACCUUGCCAGUGGCCGCCGUGGCGCUGGGCGUGGGCUUGCUGGACAGCAGAGCGCUGCAGGACGCCCGCGUCAGGCCAGAGCUGCUGCUCGGCGUGGACGUGCUGCGGAGCCCCCUGGCCCGGACCAGACCUGGCCCCCGCUGGCUCCGGAGCCGGAACUCGGAGCUGCGCCAGCUGCGGCGCCGCUGGUUCCACCACUUCAUGACUGACCCCCCGGGGCCACCCGCCAUGGUCCUCGAGGCUCCCCCCCGGCCGGCCACCCGCAGCCGAGGCACGUAUGUUGGAUGCUUCAGCGACGAUGGCCAGGAGAGGACUCUGAAGGGGGCCGUGUUUUACGACUUGAGAAAGAUGACCGUCUCCCACUGCCAGGACGCAUGUGCCGAGCGGUCCUAUGUCUACGCCGGCCUGGAGGCCGGUGCGGAGUGCUACUGCGGGAACCGGCUCCCAGCGAUGAGCGUCAGGCCGGAGGAGUGUAACCUUGAGUGCAAGGGGGAGAAGGGCUCCGUGUGUGGGGCCGUGGGUCGGCUCUCUGUGUACCGCGUGGACGAGCUGCAGCUGGGCUCCAGGAAGCGGCGGACCGCCACCUACCGCGGGUGCUUCCGACUGCCAGAGAAUAUCACGCAUGCCUUCGCCGACUCCCUGGCACAGGCCAACGUGACCGUGGAGACAUGCUCAGGAUUUUGCUCCCAGAAAGAAUUCCCCUUGGCUGUCCUCAGGGGCUGGAAAUGCUACUGUGCUUACCCUACCCCCCAGUUCAGCCUGCGGGAUGCCAUGGACAGCUCGUUGUGUGGCCAAGACCCUGAGGCCCAGAGGCUGGCAGAUUACUGCGAGGUCUACCAGACGCCUGUGCAAGACACUCGGUGCACAGACAGAAGGUUCCUGCCCAACAAAUCGAAAGUGUUUGUGGCUUUGUCAAGCUUCCCAGGAGCCGGAAACACAUGGGCACGGCACCUCAUUGAGCAUGCUACUGGCUUCUAUACAGGGAGCUACUAUUUUGAUGGAACCCUCUAUAACAAAGGGUUCAAGGGCGAGAAGGACCACUGGCGGAGCCGGCGCACCAUCUGCGUGAAAACCCACGAGAGUGGUAGGAGGGAGAUCGAGAUGUUCGACUCGGCCAUCCUGCUGAUCCGGAACCCGUACAGGUCCCUGGUAGCCGAAUUCAACAGGAAAUGUGCCGGGCACCUGGGCUACGCCGCUGACCGCAACUGGAAGAGCAAAGAGUGGCCGGACUUCGUCAACAGCUACUCCUCGUGGUGGUCCUCGCACGUGCUGGACUGGCUCAAGUACGGCAAGCGGCUGCUGGUGGUGCACUACGAGGAGCUGCGGCGCAGCCUGGUGCCCACGCUGCGCCAGAUGGUGGCCUUCCUCAACGUGUCCGUGAGCGAGGAGCGGCUGCUCUGCGUGGAGAACAACAAGGAGGGCAGCUUCCGGCGGCGUGGCCGGCGCCCCCACGACCCCGAGCCCUUCACCCCAGAGAUGAAGGACUUGAUCAACGGCUACAUCCGGACAGUGGACAAGGCCCUGCGUGACCACAACUGGACUGGGCUGCCCCGGGAGUACGUGCCCAGAUGAUAGGCCCCGCUCCGCGCUGCCCACCCCUGCCGAGAGGCGCAGAGUCACCACAGGGCUGCGCGCCCACUCCGAUGUCCAGGCCUGUGGCCUCGCUGGGACGCACGGUCGGCAGGGAAGCCUCUGGGGACCUGGGCACAGACAGACGCACAUCACGGCACAGACACGAUGGACACACAUUCCUAGCCAGACACCCACACCUCAGACACACUUAGACACCACUCCACGCUCACUAUGCCAGGCGUUCCCGGAUGCAGACGCAGCCACACACAGACGCCGACACUCAGACGCCAGGUAUGCGCUGCCGGAGGCUGGCUGUCUCUCACACACAGACACACAUGCACCUGGGCUCUCAGAGACCCCGGGUGCCUGUGUCCAGCCCUGGCAUAGACUCGCUCUUCGGGGUCCUAGACUUUGGGGUGCUGGGCUGGGUGGGUGUUCCUGCUGUGAGCAGCAAGGACUGUCGGGGUAGAGGUGGGCGGAGACCGCUGCUGCUGCUGGGCUGUGUGGCCCUGACCACGUGUCUGACAUCCCAUAAAUGUGUGUGGUGUGGCUUCCAG